AAAUAAUUUUUUCCUGCUCUCUUUCAGACAACAGAAACUAUGUGAUCAGCGAAUAAAUGAAUGAGUGGAGACGAAAAUGAGCAACGUCUUCUCUCUGUCGGGAGGAUGGUGGCAUGUUUAACCCCUUCCAAACCUGGAAGCGGGAGAAGGACGAGGACCAUCCACGGGCAUUCGUUCUCGUGGGGUGCAUGUCUCUGUGUGAUCCUAUCUGUGGUUUUGGGGUCGGCGCAUGCGCAGACUCGCCAACGGAAGACCACGGUCUACCACAAGGGAGAUCUGAACAUCGGGGCCAUGUUUAGCCUCCACAAUACGCCAAACCGAAGCGUGGCCAUCACGGGAGGAUGCGGAGAGAUCCGGGAACAGUAUGGGAUCCAGCGGGUCGAGGCCACCUUCAUGACCAUCGACCGCAUAAACAGGGAUCCCCAUCUCCUGCCAAACAUCUCUCUUGGUGUGGAGAUCCGAGACUCCUGCUGGCACGCACCUAUCGCUUUGGAGCAGACGAUCGAAUUCAUCCAGGACACCAUCUCGAACGCGUACGGGACGACGAGCAACGAGAGCAGCCCAGAUUCCUGCAGUGGACCCCAUGGACGGGAAUCCAUCAUCUCCGGUUCCAAGAAUCUCAUCGGGGUCUUGGGGCCUGGAUCCUCCGAACUCACCAUUCAGGUGCAGAACCUGUUGCAGAUCUUCCAGAUCCCACAGAUCGGGUACUCGGCGACGAGCCGGGACCUGAGCGACAAGAGCCGCUUCAACUAUUUUCUCCGGGUCGUCCCGUCAGACUACUAUCAAGCACAGGUGAUGGUUGACGUCGUCACCUGGUUCAAUUGGACCUACGUCUCCGUUGUCAAUACCGACGGGAACUACGGUCAGAGCGGGAUACAGGCGUUCCGAGAAUUGUCAGAGCGGGCGGGGAUCUGCAUCGCAAAGGAGGAUUCCAUCUUGGAGAACGCCGAGGAUGCAGAAUUCGAUGCCGUCAUCCGUCGCCUCCGCAAUGACUCCAACGCGAAGGUGGUCGUUUGCUUCUGCCAGGGUCAGACGGUCCGGGGCCUCCUUAAGGCCUCCCAGCGGAACUCAACCGGUGGCAGGGAAUUCCUCUUCGUCGGCAGCGACGGUUGGGCAGACCGGAGUGAUGUGGUGCAAGGACUCGAAACGGCUGCCGAAGGAAGCAUCUCCAUCCGGAUCCACGCCGCCUACGUCCAGGACUUUGAUAAGGAGUAUUUCAAGCUGAAUGCAAGCUACGAAAGGAACCCCUGGUUCAGAGAGUUCUGGGAAUACAGGUUCAACUGCAGCCUGAAUAAAACCAGCACGGAAUCCAACCCACAUUCUUCAAAACCCCUUUGCACUGAACCUAACAUGGACGCCAUCGGCCUGGAUCUGAAGGAGAUAUGCGACAACACGAAACUAGCCAGGGAAAUGGCUCUCCUUGGCAAUUAUGACAGCGCCUCCGUUUACUAUCAGGGAGUAAUUCAGCAGAUUCAUAAAUUGCUUGGGACUAUCACGGAUCCCACUCGUCGGAUGCGUUGGCAGCAGGUGAGUUUGUCGAUGGAUGCACUCCAAGCCGAGAUAGCUGAAGAAUACAAUGAGACAAAGUCGAUAGUGAACACACUUUCCCUGUUCCGCUCUGAGGGCCAUGAUAACUCGCCUGCUUUGGCUGCACUGCGGUCAUCUGGGCCAGCCAUGACACCCUUUGAGGAGCCCACUCGAGAUCCAGAUGUCUGGGGUCCUCCUCCACCAAAAGAGAAUGAAGCCUGGCCUCAACCCCACAUGUCUGAGCAUAAGCCUGGCCCUCAGGUGAAGCCUGUAAGGGGUCCCAAGAGAUCAAGUGCUAAUGAAGCUGGAGCUCGUCCAAAGGGGAAGAGUGCUGGUGGAUCUGGAACAUCUGAACGGAAGAAGUCAGAAGUACGGGGAGCACGCCCCAAGGAAGAUAAGAGUCUGGAUCGUCGUACAGGAAAGAAGGAAGGAGAGAAGAAGGAGGAUAUGCCUAAAGGAGAGAAAGAGAAGGACUCGUAUGAGGAGCGGCGCUUUGACCCAGCUGGCUUUGACCGGGACUUGGUGGAAGUCCUCGAGAGGGACAUAGUGCAGAAGGACCCCAAUGUACAUUGGGAUGACAUUGCUGACCUGCAGGAAGCCAAGAAGCUCCUUGAGGAGGCUGUUGUCCUUCCCAUGUGGAUGCCUGACUUCUUCCGGGGGAUCCGUCGUCCGUGGAAAGGUGUGUUAAUGGUAGGUCCCCCAGGGACAGGAAAGACAAUGCUGGCCAAGGCAGUGGCAACAGAAUGUGGAACCACAUUCUUCAAUGUCUCCUCCUCCACCCUUACCUCCAAAUACAGAGGGGAAUCAGAGAAGCUUGUUCGACUUCUCUUUGAGAUGGCCAGAUUCUAUGCCCCCAGCACCAUCUUCAUUGAUGAGAUUGACUCCCUCUGUUCCCGCAGAGGGUCUGAUUCAGAGCAUGAGGCAUCACGACGAGUCAAGUCUGAACUCCUCAUGCAGAUGGAUGGAAUCAACUCCCAGUCUGUGUCCUACAUUUCUCUUUUUGUUUUUAAAUUGGUUUAUGAGGAAGCAGGGAAGGUGGUGAUGGUGCUGGCAGCUACAAAUUUUCCCUGGGACAUUGAUGAAGCCUUGAGGCGGCGACUGGAGAAGAGGAUAUACAUUCCUCUGCCUGGUGCUAAAGGACGAGAGGCCCUACUGCAGAUCAACCUGCGGGAGGUGAAGACAUCUGAUGAUGUGAACCUGAUGAGAAUUGCCAAGAAGUUGGAUGGAUACUCGGGAGCAGACAUCACCACAGUGUGCAGGGAUGCAAGCAUGAUGUCGAUGCGGCGCAAGAUUGCCGGCCUUCGCCCGAAUGAGAUUCGCCAGCUGCCCAAGGAGGAGCUGGACCUACCCGUCACAAUGCGGGACUUUGACGAUGCCAUUGCCAAGUGCAACAAGAGUGUCUCACAGGAGGACUUGGACAAAUAUGAGCUAUGGAUGAAGGAAUUUGGCUCCAUCUGA